AGCGAAUCGGGCACAUGAAAGUGAAUUGCAAUUAAGACACGGUUCAGUUUUAGUAUAUAUACCGACUCACCAAUCUCUACCGCUAUCAUACCUCAAGUCUUCAUUCUUCAGCGUCUUCGUCAAAGAACGAGAAUGUGGGCUCUUCUGGCUCUUACGCUGUUGGCCUCCAUGGCCUGCCUACCCGAGGGUGAGGGACGCAGGGUCGUACCUGAUAAAUUCAGGGCACACCAUCACGAACAUGGGCACCACUCUGAAGAUUCUGAUGAUGACACAUCACUGAAGCAUUUCAAGCAUCAUAAAUUUGGAGACGACUCAGAUGAUUUUGAUGAUGACACGUCAUCGAAGUAUUUUAAGCAUCAUGAAUCUGGACACCACUUCGAAGAUUCUGAUGACGACACAUCAUCGAAGCAUUUUGAGCAUCAUAAACACCAUUCUCAUCAUGGCCGUUACUAGUCGUCUGUUCAACUAAGUUGGAAUAUCCGCCAAAUUAAUUGUUUGGCUGUCAGAAUAAAAUGAAAUUCUAAGUAUAA